UUGUGACUUGUGUGUCUGAAUCUUGUGAUAACUCUGUAAAAAAUGUGUUCGUACCGUAAUUCAAGGAAAGUAUCAUUGUUGUAAGAUAAUUAAAUCGUGGACAUGCCCGAGGAGGGAGUCGCGGCGGCCCCAGUGGGGACGACCAUGCAGAACUGGUUGGCAGGGACAAUUGUGGGUACCAUGGCAAUUAUCGUCUUGUCGAUCUUCAUCCCUGGGUGGAUCGUCUUUACAGAAAUUAACUCAAGCCUGAGCGUUUCCGCCAGUAUCUAUUACUGGAUGGUGUGUGGUGCUCGGAACACUACCUGUGGGGCCCAUGGAGUCGGUCAACCAGAAGCUUACAUGUACAUCGAGAAAACAAACGCUACACCGGACACGACCGUGCUCCUGGUAUCGGUAGACAUGAUUAUCUGUAUCAUGUGCGCGUUAAUCGUCUUGGGAGAUAUGGCGGGAAAUGAGCCGAAAACCACGUGGUGGAACAAUCUCAAACUAGCCAUACUUAUAUUUAUUAUUUUCAUUCUUAACCUGGUCAUCAUAGGCCUGUUCGGACACAGUAGUAUAACCCUGUCUGAGGAGCCGACGCUGGUGGUCAAUGUUCCAUAUUCCCUGUUUAUCCUGUCCUUAGCGGUGUUGCUAGCUCUCCUGGAGUUCUGUUUUCUCAUCUACGUACAUCGCGUCUCCACGGCCCCAUACAGAACAGUUGCCACUACUUCAAUAGAAGAGGACCAAGACCAACCGAGCACUAGCCAGCCGAGUAUCAACAGACCGUGUUAGAGCGGGCACCUGCUGAUGGAACUUAUAGAUCUAAUUUUGGCAUACUCCAGAUUUGCCUGUCUUAAAAAGAAUAUGAUUGUUUUUUUUUAAAAAUUACAAAUCAUGAAGACAUAGUAGUUUUACUGAGAAUUUACUGUAAGAUGUUUUUAACAAGCUGUUUAAAUGACAAUCUAUAACUCACUUCAAUAUAAAAAUUCAUUGAAAUAUUCACAUAAUUAAGGAACCUUUUCGUCAUACUAAGACUUCCUGAUACAUCAGUAUUAAAACUUCCUGAUUUCUGGAAGUUACCACACCUGAUGAAAAGGUAGAUCAGGGUUACCAUAGUUUCUUCUAGUACAGCUAGUUAAAAAGUAGGUCAGGGUAGUAUUUCCUUGUAUAACCAUUUUUUCUCAUUAAGAUAUUAUUUGGUUUCAUACACAGUAUUACACUGUAUAUACAUAUAUCUUUAACCUUAUGUGGAGAUAUAUAUAUAUAUUCUAACUUAGAAAACAAUACAAUAAUGAUACCAAUCAAUCCAACUGGUAUCAAACUGUCUGAAAACAUGAUGGAUCUUUCAUCCCAUUUGUGAAAAGUAAAAACAUAUAUUAUACAUUAUUACAUGUACAUUUAUUUUUAUACUGAAUGAGUCUCAUUAUGUUACAUAUUGGAAUGUACUAGUAUUAUUUUCCUUAUUACACACUUCAUUUGUAGAUCUAAACCAGGUAGAAUAUAAAAGUCCAGUUUAUAUGUAUAUCUUUUUGUUGGUUUUCUAUACUAUUUUGAAUCAUACAUAUACAUGUAUAUAUCCACCUACUCCCUCAUUUUAAAUUAAACUACAGUACAGCUGUAUACCUUAUAAACUUGAUGUCUUACAAUGUACAUGUAACUAUUAUUUUUCAUACAGUUCUUUUGGGGGGAAAAUGUUUAAAAAUCCUCAAAAUCAGCAGGGUCAUGAUUGGUCAUAUUUAUGGAAACUUCCUCAUUUGGCUGACUUUGCCAUAUGUACCCAAGUUUUAUGAUCCUUAUUCUCUUGUUAUCACUUGGUUGUGAAAUGUUUUUUUAAGUAAAUAUUCACUUUUUAAUAAUAAAAUAAUAUAAAGGUUCACAAAAUUAAAUUGUAAGAUCAUGGUGGCAUGACAGGAAGAGAGAAUUGUCAAGCACCAAAUGUACUAAAAAAAAAACCCAAAUGAUUUCAGCACCAUUUAUUUUUACAUUAUUUACAACAAAUCAAUAAAAUAAUUGCCAUAC